AUGGUAAUGACAGUAAUUAGCACCGAUUUCCGAAUCCCAAUCUUGGUGUCAGCCCCGCAGCGCUUGGCACACAUGCAGGCAGCGGGCCAGCGGCUGUGCGAGGAAGAGAGGGGAGUGGUGAAGAAAAGGGAUGAAAAACAGAGGGAAAAAGCUCUGUCCAAAUGCUGUUACCCAUUUUUGUAUGCGUGUGUGCACAGGGUUGUGGUUGGGCUGAGUUCUUCUCUGCCAGCUGGUGUUCCCAAGCUGAGCUAUCGCUUUGCAUCAUCUCACAAGUACAUUCCCAGGAGAGCUGUGCUGUAUGUACCUGCGGAUGAUGAAAAGAAGAUACAAAAAAUCCCAUCACUAAAUGUCGAUUGUGCGGUGUUGGACUGUGAAGAUGGCGUGGCUCUGAACAGAAAGAGAGAAGCAAGGCUGACAGUUGUGAAAACGCUUGAAGAGUUUGACAUCGGCCAUGCUGAGAAGUGUGUUAGGAUAAACUCCGUGUCCAGUGGCCUUGCAGAGGAAGAUCUAGAGGUGCUUUUGCAGUCCAAGACUCUUCCUUCAAGUCUGAUGCUGCCAAAGGUUGAAAGCGUGGAAGAAGUUAAAUGGUUUGCAGACAAAUUCGCACAUCACUCGAAAGGCCGAACGCUUGCAGAACCAAUGCAUUUUAUCCCAUUUGUGGAAACCGCGGUGGGGUUGCUCAAUUUUAAGGCUGUUUGUGAAGAAGCAUUGAGAACAGGAUCCCAGGUUGGCUUUCAUUUGGAUGCAGUCGUCUUUGGAGGAGAGGAUUUUCGUGCCAGCAUAGGUGCAACAAGCAAUAAGGAAACUCACGAUAUUUUAUACGCCAGGCAGAAAAUAAUAGUCACAGCAAAGGCAUUUGGCCUCCAAGCAAUAGACCUGGUUUACAUUGAUUUCCGAGAUGAAGAUGGGCUCCGCAGGCAAUCAAGGGAAGGUGCCUCGAUGGGCUUCACUGGUAAGCAGGUGAUUCACCCUAACCAAAUUGCUGUUGUCCAGGAACAGUUCUCUCCCAGCCCUGAAAAAAUAAAGUGGGCACAAGAACUGAUUUCUGCUUUUGAAGAACAUCAGCGUUUAGGAAAGGGCGCAUUCACGUUCCGCGGAAGCAUGAUAGACAUGCCGCUGCUGAAGCAGGCACGGAACAUUGUUACGCUUGCCACAGCCAUCAAGAAAAAAUGAUCUGGUAAAUGGAGCGCUCACCAUGGGGCCACGGAAGCUUGUUUUAAAAGAUGACUAUAAGACUUUGGGGGGAAAAAAAGAUAAUCAAAUGCAUCACGCUUAAGCAGAAAUUCAUUGACGUUCUGCAGAUCUGCCAUAAUUUCCUUGCCAGAAUUGUUCAUCGCUAACAGUGCUCCCGACCCAAAGCGCUGCUCGCUCUCAGUGCCUGCCAUGGUGCUAUGUCAUGGCUGUGUGAUAUCAUGGCUAUGGGAUUGUGGCUUCACGAAAGGACACCAGCAGGAUUUGAGCAGUGAUCUCCCCUCAAAUAACCAGUGGACACCAGUCAGCCUUCAGUCUCCAUUCCCAUAUCAAAGUCCAUCUGAAAGUCGAAGCUCUGGCUAAUCAUACACCGGCUGAAAUAAAUGUGAUGAAACUCACUGUCCCGCACAGGCUUCUCAUUCCCCCCCCCCUCUCCCAGAAACGUAUCUGUGUCAUUAAAACACUGCUCCUACACAAGACUCUGGCUCUGCUUUCGGCAGCCGCGGUCGAGGCACGGUUCUCGGCGGCACAAUGCAGCAGAACUCGUGCAUAUGGUCUCGAGUCAGAUUUACAUCACAUUAGGGAUACGGCGACAGGUCAUGUGGGCCGUGUGGUUAACGGGCUUAGUAAAGCUGUUUUGAAGAGGUUAACCCAGCUUGUAGUAAGGGUAAAUAAACAUAACAACCGGGCAUUGUCCUCUAUUCAGCAUGUACUCUUAUAUGGAGGGCUAAAGGGUAUUGAAGCUGCAGAGGAUCAACUUGUGGUUGCCAGAGGACUCCAAUGAAGUUUGAAACACCAACAAUCAGAGAUUUUGUUUCUGUUCCUCAUUAAAUCAUGAGCUUUUGUGCUCAGACUAUGAACGACUGUUCUUUAAGAAAUUAACAGAAUGGGAAGUUUUAAACUAUGCACCAACCUUUUCAUGACCUACACAGCAGCAAUGCUGCUGCACUUAGACAAACACCGCGGGGAAGGCUGUUCUGUUUAUUUAAAUUUGUAAAUAGAAAACAGUUGUUUUUGGGUCUCAUUCCUCGCUGCCUCCAUGGCCGUUUUACGUAGGGAGUCACAGCACCUUCUCCCUCCCAUCUGCUCUCUUCUUGUGCUUCCUGCACCUCGAGCAGCGCCUUUUGAACGCUUUGCUUAGUUCUGAUGGAGGGGAGAGGAAGGGAAAAAUUAAAAAAAAAUAAGGAAAACAGAAUCCAGCCUCAACCCAACACACCGUGCCUGGAGAGCUGCGGCUCGGCCAGGCCCCAGCGUUGGGGUAUGUACGAGAUGACCCCAGGGUCCGAGUGGCAUGGGGCAAGCUGUCCUGCUGCACGGUGACUCAUCCCAAUGGUUUGGGGUGACCUGUCUCAGAGCAGGGUGAGCUGUCCCCAUGGCACGGGAACUCCCAGGCUAAUCAGAUUAAUGAAGGACUACCUUCCCAGAUUGUAUCUCGUAAGCCCCCCAGCCCUAGCCCUGUGAGUCCCUUUGUUAUUAAUUCUUGGAUGACUAAAUUACGGGUAGCGCUGUUAAAACAUUAUCGGGACUAAUGAGAAACAAUUACUUAGGAGAUGAUCUGGGACAGGCAGGGCCAGGCGCGUUUCUAGCUCUCCCCACAGAUUAUGUCUGUAAAUCAUCAGGUGCAGGGCAGCACGGGGGUGAGGCCUGGCACAGGGAAAGCAAAAUAAGAUACAGGGUCGGGAUUUUUUUUUUUUCCUUUCGCAUAAUUUUUUCAUUAAUCUCAAUAGGACCCGUGUGGUGUAGAUUGUUUUAAUUCCCUUCGUGCCAUGUCGGGAGGGGGAGCGGAUUCCCCCGUAACUCCUGCAUUGUCCCAGCAGCCCCAGGGGUCCCGGCAGACCCUGGCCCCAAAAACUUCGUUCCAGAAGAAUAGAGGACCCGAUCCCAUGCCUUCACCCCAGCACUGAGGCACACCCAUUUUCCCCAAAGUCCCUCAGAUCCCCUCCAGAACGUGGGAGAGUUCCGCGUUCAUUUCCCAGCCCUAACGAGCUGCACUUUAUAACAAAUAAAAUCCCAUUUAUUUGUUUCUCAGUUUACUUCUGGGAGCGCUACGUGCUUCCCGGCUUUAUUCUGUCCCUCUUUCUCCCCUUCUCUUUCCCUCUCCUUCUCUCCCGCCCGGUGCCAGGCAGGCAAUUGAUGAAACAAAACAGAUUAUAAGAUUAGCAGCGGGAUUUUGUGCAUAUUAAUGAUAGGGAAGGGCGCCGAAUGGGUUUGUAAUUGCAGAUCUCGCGCUCGGGAUUGGGAACUGUAGCCCUGCUGCAGCAAAGACCCCCCUGUGAGGUUUUCACAUUGGAACUUAGGGGAAAAGUGAAAAAGUA